AUGGUUAUUGCAAUCCAACUAAUUCUACUAACAUGCUACACACUAUUAAACCAUCUCAUUCUGGGCAACAUAACCACAACCCAAUCGCCAGUAGCCAAAGGGCGACAAGUAUUCAACAACAACAAUAACAACGAGUUGGGAUUUGUGCCCAUUGAGCACAUAUGUGGCCUCCCAUUACACCGGCGUAUAGUCGGUGGCCGGGAGGCUGAGCCGAGGGCUUUCCCGUGGAUAGCGGCGUUGGGCACCCAGGGUGAAUUUCUACCAUUUUGCGGCGGAACACUAAUAUCCAACCAAUACGUGGUGAGCGCCGCCCACUGUUUCCGUAACCGACGCCCAGACCAACUAGUCGUACGACUCGGGGCUCACGACUUCUCGGUACUGCCCGUCGAGCGGGACGCCCGGGACUUUCAAAUCAGCUGGGUCAAAAUGCAUCCCCGGUGGCAGGGUGUCGACACUGGCGACUACGAUAUAGCCCUGAUCAAAUUGACGCCCAACGUGGUAUUCUCGCGCUCGGUGAUGCCCAUAUGUUUGCCCCCGUGGCGUACCCGCCCGACCUACGCGGGUGAGUUGGCUACGGUGGCCGGGUGGGGUCGCACCAGGUUCAAUGGCUACCAGAGUGAACGCUUGAUGCAGGUGGAGGUCCAGGUGUGGAAUAACUCAGCCUGUAAUCAAGCGCUGGCACCCAAGGGCUAUAAGGUUACGCCCGGUAUGAUGUGCGCCGGCGAUCCCAAGGGUGGCAAAGACUCGUGUAAUGGCGACUCCGGGGGUCCGCUGAUGAUACAGGAGUCGACUGAUGAACGCUGGCUGUUGGUAGGGGUGGUGUCGUGGGGUGUGGGUUGCGCUCAGCCCAAUACGCCCGGCGUUUAUACCCGGGUUAAUGAGUACGUCGAGUGGAUUAGAAACACUAUUCAAAUACCAAAAUAA